CCAUCCAUGCCGCUGUCAUUCUAUGAUAGGCAAGGCUUCCUGUUUGGAUCUCUGUAAUCUUCUCCUGUAGCUUCGGCACACCGUGCAUGUCGGGCGGCAGCCAACACACAUAGUUAAAUAAGAGACUAGACCAACACAGCACGCGCCUCCCUACUCAGACCAAGAGCCCGUGCUCAGAUCCUUUGCCGGUCAGUAUAGCGACCGCGUGCAGAGGCAGUUGCUAACCACCUGCCUUUGUUCAAGAUGCCCAUGACGAUGCGAUGAUGAUGCGAUGCAUCACCGUUGUCUGUACUAUGCAUGUGUGUGCGAAAGAGGAGUACCCGUGGACAUAUCGUGCAUACGCACAGCGGCUAAUUAAAAGGGAAAGUCUGAAAGGUAAUAGUUCAGUCUUUCAGCCAGGCACGCGCUCCAUCAAGCGCUGUGUGCGAAUCGCACAAAACGACGUCUUCACGAUAAACCAAGGAGUGUAAGGCAGCAGGUGCUGAACAAGACACUCUCGAUAUACCAUCCAGAGCCUCGGGUCGCCUUGGAACGCGCUGCGACGCUAUCACCGAACGAAGAUCUACAUGCCCGUGGCAAAGCCAGCAAAUUAGUACUGGCUGCACUUUUCUGUGUGCGACAGAAUUGAAAACCGGUCCUUGCAACUUUCUGGACAAGAUACAGCCGUAGUUGAUGAGUAGUGAGAUUUGGACUUCGUCGCGGAAAUGGAUGUGGAAACUGCGUUCGUAUGGACUAUCGAUGCUCGUGAUAGCUAUCAACAGCGGACAUUGUCAUUUUGUUUUGGGUUCACCUUUUCAUGAAAGUCGACGCAGGUGCACUUAGGUUAACUGGCAGAGUUCCUACUUCAGAAUAUGCAGUAAAGCAAUGCAUCUGCGUCAAUACUUUCCCUACAGCGUUUCUUUGUGAAGUGAGAGAAAUACUGGUAUGUCAUUUUCGAGAGGACAUAACACAGAAUUUCCGUCAUUGUGACAAUAACAACACUAGACCUUACAACCAGCCGCGCCAAGCGUCGUCCAUGUGUCUAGCUUGCUCGUCGUCAUCGCGAGAUUCCUGGAUAAGUUUCCAGUGACAUCCCAAUCACAUUGGUCGCGGAUUUGCAAUUCUGCGCCUACCUCACGCGAGAGGGAGGGCAAGUGAUUAUAACGUGCCCCGGGGAAAGGAUCGAGAUUUCAAAACAAGUUGGUCCGAGGGAGCACAGGUACACCGCGGUGGUUGGUUGCUCAGUGUUGUACGGUUCAAGAGGAGUCAACCACGUGCUCUGCGUACAGUAUAGUCAUCUGAAGAAGUUCUUGCGCUCCUUUGGUUCAUGGCCUGUACGUUUAACGUGUACAGCUGAGGUUGUCCGAUUAGUAUUAGCCAUUAUUAGACACUGACAAACUAUGGAACCGACCGUGUAUCGCUUUUUCGAACCACAUUUAGUAUUGUUUGUCUGUGUGGUGGCCGGAUGUGCGGUACCAAGUCAUUCUUUGGAAUCAGACGUCUCCAGCGGACAAGAAACGACUACAGCCACGGGAAAGCUCCAAGUGCGUCUUUCUGGGGGCUUCACACCUAACGAGGGACGGGUGAUGAUCUUCGCCGAGGAACAAUGGAUACUGUUGUGCGACGCCGACUGGGGACUCUCUGAGGCCGAUGUUGUCUGCCGUCAACUCGGCUACGGAUACGCGACUAUGGCCUGGAGGGGUGCCCACUUCGGAGAGCCCAAGGGUAUUGGGGACGAGUCUAUGAUUACUCUGUCUUGCAUGGGAACUGAGAGUGAACUGUCUGCGUGCUCGCAUCGUCGAAUUUCAUCCGAGAUUUGUGGGAAAUUUAAAACGGCAGGUGUCCGUUGUGUCAAUGUUUCUGUGUUCAAAGAAAACCAAGUUCGUCUUAUUGGAGGAAUUACGCCAAACGUCGGCCGCAUUGAAAUUUUUCAAAACGGAACCUGGAACCUGAUAUGCCGUGAAUCAUGGGGCGUAACCGAGGCCAGUGUGGCAUGCCGGGAACUGGGUUAUCCUGGAGCGCUUGCGGACUGGGGCAAAACUUGGAUUCACUUGGACAGAGCCGCAAUCUUACAGAAAUCAGUCGCUUUCGUGUCGUGCUCUGGAGUUGAAGACAAACUUUCGAAGUGCAAAGUGGGCACCACAAGGAAUUUCCAUUGCCAGGAGUCUGCGACUGUUUCCUGUUCAGCUGGCGACCGGAAUGGUCCAUUGCCAUAUGAAAUUCGCUUGACCGGGACUGACCAGCCCAACAAGGGCAGGGUGGAGGUCCACCUCGGUGAUUCCUGGGGGACAAUAUGCGACCAAAGUUGGGGCCUGAAAGACGCGACAGUCGUCUGCCGACAACUCGGCUAUCCUUACGCCGCCGCUGCCCCUAGGGGCGCCCAUUUCGGCCAAGGCACGGGCCAGGUUCUCCUCGGGCAUGUCGGCUGCUCAGGACACGAGAGGCACUUGUUGGAAUGCCCAAGGAGUGGCAUUGGAGCCACCGGUUGUCUGCAUGAUAGAGACGCUGGUGUGGUGUGUAGUCUGGACCAUACAGUCAACCUGCCAGGUACCAUAGUGCGACUCUCUGGUGGCAGUUCUGGCUUUGUUGAAUUCUUCCACGACGGGCAAUGGUGGCGCGUAUGCGGCCACGGAUGGGACCAGAACGACGCAUCGGUCGUCUGUCGACAACUUGGGUACCACUCUCCGACAAACAUUUCUCCUUUGACUUUCAAGUCAACCACAUGGUCUGGAGACAGUGAAGAGGAAAACGUCGCUGCGUUGAUAGACAGGAUGCGUUGUCACGGUAACGAGUCGAGUCUAGCGCUUUGCCAAAACGAUGUUUUGGGUCCUAAGACUUGUCAGACCUCGAUGGCUGCAGUGGAUUGCAACGGAAACACGCCGCCUCGCUCAAUCGAGCCAGCAAAUUCCGUGAGACUUGCCGAUGGAGUGUAUCCUAUGGAGGGCCGCGUGGAAGUCUACCUGGACGGAGCGUGGGCGACCGUCUGUGGUGACCGUUGGGAUAUGACGGACGCCGAGGUAGUCUGCCGACAGCUGGGCUUCAACCACGCCACAGCAGCCUUGAUCCGAGCUCACUUCGGUCCGGGAUCCGGGCCAAUCGUCCUGGAUGAGGUCGAUUGUGUGGGCGAUGAGGAGGAGCUUAUGGACUGCCAGGCGAAGAAGUGGUACCAGCAUGAUUGCCAGCACAGACAGGAUGCCGGUGUCAGGUGCGACAGUCGUCAGGUGUCACAGGACUACUCAAUUCGAUUGUCCGGUGGAGCCACACCCAACUCCGGCCGGUUAGAGGUGUUCCUGAAUGGUCUAUGGCAUACUGUUUGUGACGUGGCCGGUACGUGGGAUAUCAGGGAGGCUCAGGUCGUGUGUCAAGAGCUGGGCUUUCCGGGAGCGCUGGCACCCUGGGCCAAAAUCAUCGGCGUGUUGAACGGAGCCCGGAGCAGGAGGAGCUUCGAGUCCGUGGAAUGUCUGGGGAACGAGUCCAAGAUAGCGCAGUGUCGCCUCGGUUUGGUGGGUGGGUUGGACUGUGGCGGAGUCGAGCAUGAAGCACGGGUACUAUGCGCAUCACGCCCAUUAGAAAACCUCCCAUAUUCGGUCAGACUCGAAGGUGGAAACAAUGACAGAGAAGGCAAAGUUCAGAUUCUUCAAAAUGAUCACUGGCUGCCCGUGUGUGGAGACGACUGGGGCAUUGCCGACGCGCGCGUGGUCUGCAAGCAGCUUGGCUACCAGUUUGCCAAGAGCGCCACCAUCGUGCCCGAGGAUUUUUCUAAGGAGCAGCGGCAACUACGGACAGAAAACAACCGCGCAAAGUUCAAAAGGAGUUUUCCUCACGUGCGAGGACUGUCUGGGUUCCGUUGCACGGGCCACGAAGACCACCUACUACAGUGCCAUUAUAGGGACGGGCAAAUGGUCGGCUGUGCCCGGGGCGUGGUCGCGCACGUUGUUUGCAGUGAUAAACCAUCCAUUCCAGCAGGUGAGAGACUACGAUUGAGUGGGGGUACUGGCGAGUCCGAAGGCCGAGUGGAAGUGUACUUUGAAGGUAUGUGGUGGAAGAUUUGUGGUGAUGACUGGGACAUACGUGACGCUAAUGUCGUCUGCCACCAGUUGGGAUACUCGUCAGAUCUCGCGGUUUAUAAACUGAGUGACAGUCUCUCUAAUGACGUCAUUUGCGAAAACCCCGCGGACGAGAGCUUCGGCGACUUGGUCAAGAACGUUGACUGCGAUUUGGAGUAUCUAAUGAGUGACUUGCAGUGCACUGGGAACGAGACUAGCGUGGUGGACUGCAGGCAUGCCGGGUUUGGUCGGCAGUAUUGCAGCGGGGACCAAGACGCUGCCGCCUGGUGUGAUGGGAAGAGGACCAAACAAAUCUUCGAAGCCCGGUUGGGUGCCAGCGACCCCAGGCGUCCGUACGAGGGGCGGGUAGAGCUGAACCACGGCGGACGCUGGUGGUUCGUCUGCAAGGAUGGUUGGGACCAGCAUGACGCCACAGUGCUUUGCCAUCAGCUUGGGUUUCCUGGGGUGGACAGUGCCGACCUGCAGCCGUCCUACAGAGUCAGGGGCAGCAGCGAGGGAGUGGGAUUUCUCUUGGAUGACUUGCAAUGUGACGGCACAGAGGAUAACAUCGCAGAGUGUUUGCACAGCGGGGUUGGCAGAGAGAGGUGUACGCGUCGGGUAGCAGCGGGUGUUAGGUGUGCGACGGACUUGCUCAUGAUCCAAGGUGAAGACAUCCGCUUGAUUGGCGGUAACACAGUGCUGGAGGGUCGGGUGGAGGUGUAUCACGACCAACGUUGGUGGACCAUCUGCGAUGAUAAAUGGGACAUCAAGGCGGCCGGUGUCGCCUGCCGACAGCUCGGGCUGCCCGCGGCCGAAUCGGCCGUUUUCGGUGCCUACUUUGGCAAAGGACGGGAAGGCACCGGCAUACUCCUUGACGAGAUUGAUUGCAAGGGUUCGGAAGGCAAUCUCCUCGAGUGUGCUCACCAUGUCUUGGGGGAGCAUGACUGUAACCACGCCCAAGAUGCCGGGGUCAAGUGUUCUCCUCCCACGGUACACCAUCAGUUGAAGCUUCCGAAACCAGUACGUCUAGCAGGUGGCAGCAACAUCUCAGAGGGCCGAGUAGAGAUCUACCACGAAUUUCGCUGGUGGACGGUGUGCAAGUCCGGCAACGAGUCGGACGACAUGAACGCCGCCCUCGUCGUCUGUCGCCAGUUGGAUUUCACUUCACCUCGGGCCGUGCUCCCUGUGGAUCAGUUCCAGGCAGCGCCGAGUUACACACGAGCCCUGUUCACACUGCUACUGUGUAAGGGCUGGGAGAGAAACCUGAGUCUGUGCCGACACGAGGAACUGAGCCUGACGGACCAAGGCUGCGAGCACAGCCAGGAGUUGGCUGUGCGCUGUACUGACGGCAACGGCAGUGGUUCCAGUCCGCCUUGGACUUCCCCUACACGACGAAAACGAUCGGGGCCAACCACACCCGUUCUGGCAGUCAUCAUUGCCACAGUGUUCGUCACGGGAUUCCUGAUUGGCAGUUUGAUACUCUAUCACGUGUAUAAGGCGUGCAACCGAUUCCUGUCCCGCCACCCGGCCAUUAUCAGUGGUGAUGCAGUGCGAUCCCCUCGCACCGCGGCAAACCUAGACCGGCCCGAGCUGGCCAGGGAGGCCAAGGAGUCGUCCCGCAACAAGGACAUGUUCAUCGAGCUGUACCCGCUGGCCCCAGUCCCCGACUGUGAGGACACAGACACGGAUGGUGAUGAGGAAAACGAGUACAGUGACUGGGGCAGUACUCCCAUCAGACGGGAGACCAACCUGCCCCCGCAUACACCAGAUGUCACAUACGAUGGCACGCUAGUUUAGCACAUUGUGGGUUGGGUGAAAUUUUUGUAUAAUUUCCCUCGUUCAUAAAACACCCUGCAAAGUACUCUAUCAUACGAAAUGUAAUUCAUUAAUAAUGUCAAAAUUUUAGUGAGAAAUCCCUCAUCUUUUAAGGCUUGAUAUUCAAGAUGGGUUUAGCGGUCAGCGCUUACACCUUCAGACCUGAAAUCUUAAGAGAAACGUGAUCGCAAUGGGUACUCUUGGUAUUUGAAAAGAAAUUAUUCCAUUGUUGUAUCUGGCAGCAGUCUUACUUUCGUGAUUGUUUACUUUCUGAAAAAGGUUGGGCGUCAAUUGUAUUGGAAAUUGAUGAGUUCCACGAUCACAUCUGUGAAUGCUGAUUGUAAUGAGACCAGCUGCCACCAUGAAUUCUGUAACAAACGCUUUGUAUUGGAAAUUGUUAGGGUGUACUUUUAUAUAUACAUGUACAAAUGUAUAAACAUGAGGCUGCAUGUCUACAUUAUUUGACAGGGUUGAAAUGUAUCAAAAGUCGAAGUAAUACGUGAUUGUGUAAAGUUGCAAAAUCAAAUGUAUUAUUUCAAAACACACCGAAAGUCACAAUUUGACCGCGAAAGGAAGUACCGUGGCAAAUGUGUACAACUAGUGUCAAUUUUGUACAUCACAUUUGGAUAAAAGAUAUAAGGCCGUACCCCAAAUUAUUGCUUUGUACAAUGCAUUGUAAAUACAUUUUGGAAACCUUAUGCAGUCGGCCUGAAGGGUUUUAUAGACAGUGGAAAUAGGUGGAGAUGUUUAAAAAACAGUUGAAAUAAGCGAAAUAGCUAGAUCAAGAUAUUAAACAUUAAUAAAGAAAACGUACAUCAAGAGAGAAUUAGUUGGUAUGUCAAUUAAUUGUCUGACCUGAGUGACAUAAAUUCAUAUGGAAUCGUCAGAAGAGGAGCAACU